AUGACACCAGCAACAAAUAUGACCCCCCAAGUACUCUUCAAGAAAAGCGGUCAGAUGAUGCACACUCUAUGUUUCCUGAUAUUCGUGUGUAUCAUCUGCUCCACCUGCGCUAUGGUUGGCCUCACCUGCUACGCCUUGUUGGCCGUCCCAGUCGUCAUCUUUGCUAUGCCUUGCCUGGUUCUCGUCUAUGCUCUAUUCUCCCUGGCUAUCAAUCAUGUUUCUUGGUUCAUUGUUCUGGUACUUCUCCUCUGGAUCAACACCCCCGACCAGGGGAUCCCACCUAAGCAACCCAUUGUCGAACUAGAAGCCACGCCUGAAAAUCUGAUUCCAUACAAAAACGAAGAUCAAAGCUCGGGCAAAUGGCAAGCUCCAACCAAACAGCAGCUUUUCCUCGAAGGCCAAACCCCGAUCAAUAAGCAAGCUCCUACCAAGCAGCAGGUUUCUCUCGAAGGUCAAGUUCCGACCAAAGAACAGGCUUCCGCGGAAGACCAAGCUGUAGAAGAAACUGACAUCCAGACACUUUGGUCUAAGAUGGAGCUACGCAAUGGAAUCGAAAGGGUAAAGCGCGAGGGAGGCGACGAACAAAGUUGGCGAGACUAUCAUGCUAAGAUGGAUGUUCCUGACUCUAUUACACUGAAUUAUCUCGAGGAGAGAUUCCAACACUGGCGUAAAUAUUUCGAAAAGGAGGUAGAGCCGAAGUUUUCUGCCACUGGGCCGUAG